GGACAGUUCAGUUGGGGUAGUGCCACUCUAGCGUAUCUUUAUAGGCAGCUUUGUCGAGGUUGUCAGAGUGGGAGCACGGAGGUUGGUUUUUUUUUGCUUUUGUUACAACUUUGGUCGUGGGAGUACAUUCACAUUGGGUGUCCCAUUAUAUCACGAUACCAUGACCAGCCUCCAUGUCUCCUUGGACCACAUCAUCGACGGGGAGAGGACCCUUUGGGGUGUCGAUGGCUAUUUGCUGAUCUUUGUCGCACAUCAUCGGCUACUGGACUCGGUUUCUAUAGAUAUGCAUUUGAUUGCAUGUCGGAUGAUCAGAUUACAUGGAUGCCAUAUAUAGCCCAGGUGUUAGAGGAGUUGCCCCCGGUAGUACGAGAGCACUAUGAUAUAUGGCGAGCACGUGUCUCGUUGAUCUUUUUUGACAUUGUUGAGCUUCAUUUGCCAGAUCAUGUACUGAGGCAAUUUGGCUAUGAGCAGGUCAUUCCAGUACCUGUCGACACAUGUGUAAAUCUCCAUAAGCUGGAUAGGCGUGGGAAGCCUACAGAGGAUUGGUCGCUCAAACAUGUUAGAUACGUCACUGUGUGGGAGAGGCGAGCAGAGCUUGUUGUGAUUGGGACGCCUACAUUCGUCUCAUCUAUUUGUGUAGGCUACAUGAUAUGGUAUUACAGCAUCACACGGCUGUUUGUCUCUCCUUCUUUCA